AUGGUCCGAGUGGGGGGAGUGCUUGGGCCCCUGCGGGGUCCAGAGUGCCAGACGGACCCCUGUGAUGAAUGCGAGUAUCAAGGCCAGUCCCAUUCUGUUGGAGACCGAUGGAGGGGCGACCAUUGCCACUUGUGUCAUUGUUUGCCCAACCUCUCAGUGGACUGCACCCCCUACUGCCCAUACGCUGCGACCGGAUGCCCACAGGGCCAGAGUCUAGUACCGGGCGAGGGAGACACAUGCUGUUACUGUCAAGUAACAACUAGCCCGUCCCCUGUGACUUCCAAACCAGGAGUGGACAUCACUCCCUUGAUCCCCACCUACCCACUCCCUCCUGGUGAGGAGUGCUGGUCUCCUUUGGGCGUUCAGUUUCUGCCGCAAUCCAGUUUCCGUGCCUCCUCCCAGCAAGCCGGUCACCCCCCUGAGGCAGCUCGCCUUCAUGGCUGGGACCCCCACACAGACCUUCAGGGUUGGAGUCCAGAACCAGAAGAGUAUAAGGAUCUACCACAACGAAGCCCAGAGGGGCAGAGUGGCAGUUUACGAAGUCCUUACAUACAGAUUGACCUGUUAAAAGCGUACAACAUCACCGGGGUUCUUACCCAGGGAGGUGGUGUGUUUGACGCAUACGUUUCCAGUUUAUACCUGCAGUUCAGCCGAGAUGGAAGAGAGUGGUACAUUUACAAAGAGCUUGUCACUGACUCACAACCCAGAGCUAAGGUCUUCUUUGGUAACCACAAUGAAGGCGGUGUGGCUGAAAUCAAAUUGGACAGGAUGGUGUCGGCUCAGUUUGUCCGCCUGCUCCCACACGAUUUCCAUCAUGGCAUCUAUCUUCGACUGGAGAUUAUGGGAUGUGAAGAUGGUUACCACAGGUCAACCUUACCCACACCGACUUCAACCGUCUCACCAAUAGGUGGCUGCAGAGAAAACGAGCUCCAGUGUAAAAAUGGUCGCUGUGUGCCAGCUGGCACGUCAGGAGUUAUCUGCAAUGGGGUGGAUGAUUGCGGCGACGGGUCUGAUGAGAUGUACUGUGGCACGCAGACCUACCCGACAGUCUCAACUCCUCACAGGUGCCCCAGUGGGCAGUACUUAUGCCCCCCACCAGGGGGCUGUAUUGACGCAGGUAAACGUUGUGAUGGAAUUCCCCACUGUCCCAAAGGAGAUGACGAAACUGGCUGUCACCUGCAUGAAAAUAUCACUACACAGUCUGACAGACCGUACACACCCACCGCUGCCCCAAUCCGGACUCCUUCCAGGAUCCCCGUCACUCGCCCUGCGCUCACACCGACGGAUGGUGGGCCCGGACAUCGUGGCAUCUGCUCAUCUCCACUUGGAUUGGAGGAUGGGAACAUUCGUUACGGUCAGCUGACCUCAUCCUCUUAUCGCGAGAACAACCCUGCUGAUGCUGGCCGUCUGAAUAUCAUUCCCAAUGUUCAAGUUAUGGAGCCUGGAUGGAGUCCUUUGCCCACAGACCCCCAACCGUAUUUUCAGGUCGAUUUCCUUGAGCCUACGUGGGUUUCAGGGGUUGUGACCCAAGGCAGUGAACGCAUGUGGGGUUACCUCACGAAAUACAGAUUAGCCUUUGCCCUGCACAGCCGCCUCUUCACCAACUAUACACAGGAUGGGAAGCCCGGUAGUCCCGCUAAGAUAUUUGAGGUGCGAAUGGUGGGUCGAACCCCUGUGACCCGCUGGCUCAGCAGGCUAGUGAGGGCCCGCUACCUGCGCAUCAUCCCUGUGGAGUUCAGACACACAUUCAACCUGCGUGUCGAGAUUCUUGGUUGCAGAGGAGAUGAGCUGGUGACCCCCAGCAGUGUUACGUCUCCCCCAGAUGGCGGGAGAGUGACACCGCAGCGUUGUAAAUCAGGGCAGUUUCCCUGUCAGCACAGUGACCAAUGCGUUCCCAUCGCUGCGCUUUGUGAUGGUCGACUGGACUGCAAGGAUCAUACGGACGAGAUGAACUGUGGUUCUCCAGGUUUACAGAACCAGACUAGUUCCACAGGGAGACCCGGGUUCCUUGGUGACACGACGACGGGUGCUCCAGGCCUCAAAACCACCAAGUCACGUGGUGCUCUGCCUGGUGUGGCUACGGCUGGCUUCACAGGACAACCUGGAGUUUGGGAAGCGACCACGACAUACAUAGAAUUGACUACAGGCCAGCCUGGACUGCCCUUGACUCCAUCGCACCAGCCCGGCAUUCCCGGCUUGCAGACCACAAAGCCUCAUUGGAUCACCACAACCCCCAGAGUGCUUUGUGUGGAAGGCCAAUUUGCGUGUCGCUCGUUUGGCUGCGUCGACUCGACUCGGGUGUGUGACGGCAGGCGGGAUUGUUUGGAUGGAUCUGAUGAAGAGCGCUGCGGUUCUCCAAUAAGUCCUGUGGCCACAGAGCCUCCCACAGUACCGAGCCCCUGUUCUCCCAAGCAGUUCUUGUGUAAUAGCGGUGAAUGUAUUCACCUGGACCGCAGAUGUGACCUGCAGAAGGACUGUGUUGACGGCUCGGAUGAAAAAGACUGCGUUGACUGCAUCAUGUCCCCGUGGACCUCAUGGAGUCUGUGCAGUGUGUCCUGUGGUCUUGGUUCACUAUUUCGACAGAGAGACAUCGUGAGGGAAGCAAUACCUGAAGGAUCCUGCACCGGAGCCCAAUUCGACACCCAAGCAUGCUUCCCAGGACCGUGUCCAGUCGAUGGUCACUGGUCGAAGUGGACCGACUGGUCCGAGUGUGAUGCUCAGUGUGGAGGGGGUGUCAAGCAGAGGAGCCGAACCUGUACCGCACCUGCCCCAAAAAAUGAUGGGAGGGAUUGUGAGGGCAUGAGCUCGCAGAGCCAGAGCUGCAACAGCCAACCCUGCACCAAAGACACCGGCACACAAACAGGUUGCAUCAAUGGUUUGGUGCUGGUGUCAGAGGCAGACUGCCGAGCCGGGAGAGUCGAGCUUUGCCCACCUACAUGCUCAGAUCUCAGCUUCCCUAACAACUGCACUGAAGAAUGCAAACCAGGCUGCCGCUGUCCCAAUGGAAUGUACCUGCAGGGGGGACAAUGUGUGAAAGCAAGCCAAUGUGUCUGUCACUGGAACGGCCAAAAACUGCAGCCAGGACAGACCAUCAGCAGGGACCAUUGUACUACUUGUGUGUGCCAGGAUGGACAAGUCAUCUGUAACUCCUCCAGAUGUGCUGCAAGGUGUCAAUGGUCAGCCUGGUCGUCAUGGUCGCCGUGUGAUGUCACCUGUGGGCUCGGCCUCCAACAACGCUACAGGUCUCCAGUGAACCAAACGGGAUCCCACAGAGGGAAACACUGCCCAGGAGACUCCUCUGAAGUCCAACUGUGCUCCGUCCCGUGCCUCACUGAAGAUUUGGAUGGAGUUUGGAGUAAAUGGACCAGCUGGUCAGAAUGCAGUAAGACCUGUUUCUAUCACGUUGAUGACGUGGGUAUCAGACAGCGAUUCCGCAGCUGCAACCACACCCACAUUCAGUCAAGGUGCGAUGGAGAUCGCGCAGAGCAAGAGCCUUGCAACAUCAUCCACUGUGCAGUGGAUGGUGGCUGGUCUGGGUGGUCUCCGUGGUCUCUCUGCUCAUCUGAGUGCGACUCUGGGGUCCAAACACGAGAGCGAUUCUGCACUUCGCCCCCACCACAACAUGGGGGGAAAAGCUGCCCCGGGCCACACAUUCAGACAGCAGACUGUAACGCCCAUCCCUGCUCAGGCAAAUGCCCAGAAGGUAUGAUCAGCAUGACAGCAGCUGAAUGUGAGAAGCAGGGAGGUGCAUGCCCACGGGUUUGCAUGGACAUGACCGCCACGGAGGUGCAAUGUGCCACUGCCUGUUACGACGGCUGCUACUGCGUACUUGGCUCCUACUUGCUCAACGACAGCUGCGUGCCUUUGUCCCAGUGCCCGUGUUACCAUGGGGGGAUGCAAUACCCGGCUGGGGCAAUGCUGCCUGUAGAUGCGUGCAACAACUGCACAUGCAUUAAUGGAGUAAUGUCAUGUGGAACGACUUCAUGUCCUGUGGACUGCGGUUGGAGCAGCUGGACUCAGUGGAGCGCCUGCAGUCGAACAUGCGACGUUGGUGUGAGAAGGCGUUACCGCUCCGGAACCAACCCACCACCAGCGUUUGGAGGUCGCCCCUGCGAAGGCGCCAGAGUUGGAGUCGACACAUGCAGUGUUGAGCCCUGUUUUGGUGCAAGAGAACCAUGGACUCAGUGGUCCGAAUGUUCAGUCACAUGUGGAGGAGGUUAUAGAACCAGGACUAGUGGGCCUAUCCGAGUCCACGGCACAGCACAACAGUUCAGCGCCUGUAAUCUGCAGCCGUGCGGGGAUGGCAGAGUAUGUCCGUCAGGGCAGGAAUGGAAGCAAUGUGUGAGAGGAGCAGUGUCAUGUUCAGAUCUUAUGAUGGACCUCAGUCGGAAUUGCACCCCAGGCUGCCAAUGCCCAGCUGGAACUUUGCAACAAGAUGGCGAAUGCAUCCAGGAGUCUCAUUGUCGCUGUGAUGUUGAUGGAAACCAGUACAGACCUGGAGACAUUAUUUUUUCUGACUGCAAAAACUGUACAUGUGAAGCAGGAAGACUUGUAAACUGUUCUCAAGCUAGGUGCAAUGUUGAUGGCCAAUGGUCCCUGUGGACUCCCUGGGGUCACUGUUCAGAGUCAUGUGGGCCAGGUAUCAAGUCCCGAUAUCGGUUCUGCUCUAGCCCGCACCGCUCGGGCAACGGCCUGCCAUGUCUUGGGCCUAACCGCGAGGACCGAGUCUGUGUCACCACCCCAUGCGAUCGUGAUGGUAGUUGGGGUCCUUGGAGUCAUUGGACACGGUGUACCAAGUCCUGUGGCGGUGGAGUUCAGAGCCGGAGGAGAGACUGUGAUAGUCCGAGACCAGAGGGAGAGGGAAAUUACUGUGAGGGUCUCAGAACUGAGGUCAAAGCCUGUAACACUCCCCACUGUCCAGUGGCGCCAUGCUCCCAAGUCCCAGGUACAGCAUUCAGUAGUUGCGGACCAUCCUGCCCGCGGUCCUGUGAUGACCUGGCACAUUGCGAGUGGCUUUGUGAGCCAGGGUGCUACUGCACAGAGGGAAAGGUUUUGUCAGCUAAUGGAACGGUCUGUUUAGAGCACGAAGAAUGCCCCUGCCUCGAUCUUGCAACUGGACGCCGGCUCGAGCCUGGAGAUAGCUCUGUGGCCCCUGAUGGAUGCAACAACUGUACGUGUGAGGCAGGGAAGCUUAACUGCUCGCAUAACCCCUGCCCAGUAUCAGGUGGUUGGUGUGAGUGGUCUACGUGGACUCCUUGCUCCAGGACCUGUGGGGCGGAGUCGGUAUCCCGUUACAGGAGCUGUGGCUGUCCCGAACCUAAAGCUGGCGGAGAGCCUUGUUCCGGAGAACAGGAAAUACACAACAGCGUUGGCGCUCAAAUCCAGAGACAGCCCUGUCCCGUCAUCACCUUCUGUCCAGUUCAUGGUUCUUGGAGUUCCUGGUCGACAUGGUCAGCGUGCGACGGGUGCGCUGGAUCGUCCAAUCGCACAAGAGACUGUAGCAGGCCGCCCGCUAGAUUUGGUGGUCUGCCCUGCCUCGGGGAAAGGGUGCAGAGCCGCAGUUGCCAUGACAACAUGACCGUGUGCUCAGAAUGUGGUGGAGGCCAAGAAGAAUGGCCUUGCGGCAAACCCUGCCCUCGCUUUUGUUCAGAUCUCCAUGGUGACACGGAGUGCCUGGACGCCCCGGGAUGCAGCAAGACCUGCGGUUGCCCCGGUGACAUGGUUCUGCAGGAUGGCGUGUGUGUAUCCAGGGAGGAGUGUCGUUGCAAAUACGAAAACAGCACAGCUCCUGAUUCCAGAAAUGUGUCGUGGGUGUGGCCUGGUGAGACUGACUGGCAGUUCGCAAGUCAUGGAGAGGAAAUCAUCACUGACUGCAAAAAUUGUUCCUGCCAGGCGGGGGUUUGGCAUUGUCACUCACUCCCUGGCUGCUAUGUCGACGGCGGUUGGGGCCAGUGGGGGGCUUGGUCUUCGUGCUCAGUUUCCUGUGGAGGUGGAGUUCACGUCAGGAGACGACAGUGUGACAAUCCUUCUCCUCAGAGGGGAGGGAGAGGUUGCCUGGGCAUCAGUGAUCAGCAGAAAGACUGCAACACUCAUCUCUGCACCGACGUGGCGAGCCCUUGGCUAGCCUGGUCUCAGUGGUCCAUGUGCUCGGUCAGCUGUGGGGGCGGCCAGCAGACCCGUUUGCGGACGUGCGCCUCAACGGCCUGCAGCGGCGUCGGUCGCCAAAGCAAGACUUGCAAUACAGAGGUCUGCCUUGAGGUGGGCUGCCCUCCAGGAAGGCUGUAUAGGGAAUGCGAACGAUGGGAGGGCUGCCCUUUCAGCUGCGACCACAUAAGCGGCAGGGAAGGUUGCUACACCGACGGCUGCGAGGAAGGCUGCCACUGCCCCUUACACACUUUCCAACACAACGGUGUCUGCCUGCAUGAGUGUCCCUGUUUAGUUGAUAAGGAGGUUCUGGCUUCUCUGCAAAGUGUUUCUGCCACACCAGUCUCAUCUCUGCUCCUUCAUAACAUCUCGGAGGGAGUUGAGCUCCAGCCUGGAGACACACUGGUCCACGACUGCAGCUCGUGUGUCUGUGACCACGGCAGAUGGAACUGUUCUUUAGAACACUGUCCAGUUGACGGCGGUCUGUCACCCUGGGGCUCCUGGAGCCCCUGCUCGCUGUCCUGUGGCGGUCUUGGAAUGAAGACCCGCACCAGAGGCUGCACCCAACCUUCCCCAUCUCACGGAGGGAGAGGUUGCCAGGGCACGUACCUUGAAACCACUUACUGUCAGGCCCCUGACUGCCCAGCUGUUGGUCCCACAGAAGAACCCACGCUCCCAGAUGAGGAUGUUGGCUUCACUGUCUGGUCAACAUGGAGUCCGUGCACCAAAACGUGCAGCGACGCUCGUUCUCCAGCAAUGAAGUCCCGCCACCGUCAGUGCAUCAAACCUCCCUGUUUUGGGGAGUCUCACCAAGACAAAGCCUGCAACCUCCCCCAGUGUCCAGACUCAGGUGGUGAUGAGCUGUGCAUUGGGGAUGAUUGUGAGCAGAGGAACUGUACCUGGACGGACUGGGGGGCCUGGGGGUCUUGUUCACGUUCCUGUGGAGUUGGCCAGCAGCAGAGGAUUCGAACCUUCCGCAGCCCUGGCCCAAAUGGCACCUGGUGUGACGACAUCUUGGGAGGAAAUCUGGAGCGCCGCUUCUGUAAUAUCAAGCCCUGCCGAGUGGAUGCAGGCUGGUCUCGCUGGAGUCCAUGGUCCCUCUGUGAUAAGCUCUGCGGCGGUGGCCGCUCCAUUCGCACCCGCUUGUGCUCCAGCCCUCCACCCAAGAACGGAGGAAGGAACUGUGAAGGAGAGAAGAACCAGGUCAAACCCUGCAACACUAAACCUUGCGAUGAACAAGAAUGCCCACCGGGACAGGAAGUCGUCUCUUGUGCCAACGAGUGUCCACAGCGCUGCUCUGACCUCCAGCAAGGCAUAGAGUGCCAGACCAACACUGAAUGUCAACCCGGCUGUCGCUGCCCUAAAGGACAGUUACAGCAGGACGGCGCCUGUGUGCACCUGUGGCAGUGUGACUGUGUGGAUUCACAGGGACAGAUUUGGGCCGCUGGCAGCGGGUAUCAGGUCGACUGCAACAACUGCAGCUGCGCCAACGGACAGUUGCUCUGCACCAAUCACAGCUGCCAGGCCACAUGCACGUGGAGCUCCUGGUCCAGUUGGGCAUCAUGCAGUGUCACCUGUGGCCAGGGCCAGAAAACCAGAUACAGAUCUCUAAUAUCAGAAACCGAGGGAACAGAUUGUCAGUUUGAGGAAGUCGAUCAUAAACCCUGCGCGCCAGGGCCCUGCCCUCCCCUUUGUCUCCAUGACGACCGGGAGCUCUAUGUGGGAGACACUUGGCUUCUGGGAGAGUGUAAACAAUGCACAUGCACUCCAGAGGGAGAUUACUGCCAAGACAUCGAUUGCAGAGUGGAUGGCGGCUGGACGCCGUGGUCAGUGUGGUCUGACUGCUCAGUGACCUGCAGGCGAGGAACACAAGUUCAAACCCGCGCCUGCAUCAACCCGCCACCGCGUAACAAUGGCUCUCUCUGCGCUGGGCCAGAGAGACAGAACCAAGAAUGUCAUGCCCCGCCCUGUCUAGAUGACCUUUGCCCCUGGUCACCGUGGUCAUCCUGUUCCCGAAGUUGCGGGGCAGGGACUGUGGUGCGGCGUAGGGUGUGCGUAUGCGGGAAGAGAGGAACUGCAGCAUGCCCUCCUGAGAUUGAAACGCAGAUGAACCAAGAAGAGAACCAACUCUGCUUUAAACAGCCUUGCCCAGAAUGUCCCAUGUCAGCUUGGAGCGUUUGGUCUCAGUGCUCCUGUGAGUCUCAGAGGCAGCAACGCUACCGUGUAGCUGUCACGUCAGCCACCAGGGGACAGCAGUGCACUCCUGUUGAAACGCAGAGCAAAGCGUGCAGCCUCAGUCACUGUGACAAAUGUGAAGCACCAUUCAUGUAUUCUCCCUGUGGCAAACCCUGUGAGAAGCAUUGUGAGCUCCACGGACGAACAGAUCUGUGUCUGGGUGUCAUGGAGUGUACACCCGGCUGCUACUGUCCACCGGGCUUGCUGCAGCAGAACGGUAGCUGCGUACCAUCAGAGCAGUGCGGCUGCAUCUACUUGCAGGACCAAGCUUCUGGACAAUCUCCUAUACCGGUCACAGUUCCUCAGGGGUCGACAGUCACCAUCGGCUGCAGUACCUGCAUUUGCCACGAUGGGACUUUGGAGUGUGACAUGAGAGAGUGUGAAGUGAUCCUCAGUGAAUGGUCCGACUGGACCCCGUGUUCUCCCUGCGUGCCAUACUCCUCCCUGAACCCCAGCAGCAGCCUCCUGGAUGAGGCUGUCAAUGGAAGUAAACUGGUUUCAGUCCAGAGGCGUUUCCGGGCCUGUUUAGACUUUGACUCCGGUUUUCCGGUGUCCGGAGGGCAGGAGAAAAGUCAGUGUCCACACCCACAAGUUGAAGACAGGCUGUGUCCCGAUGCUAGUAUCUGCCAAGAUCUGUGUCAGUGGGGUGUGUGGAGUGCGUGGACCGCUUGCGCAGAGCCGUGCAGCGGCGGAGUCAGGCAGCGCUACAGGCAUCCUCUGGCCUCUCCCCCGGGACCCCUCUGCAAUAGCCAGCAGACACAAAGCCAGAGCUGCAACACAGGACUUUGCCCAGGUGAACGCUGUGAAGAUAGGGGGCGGAUCUACCAAGAAGCCUGUGCCAAUCAGUGUCCUCGUACCUGCACUGACUUAUGGGAGCAUGUGCAGUGUCUCCAAGGUCGCUGUCAUCCCGGUUGUCGCUGUCCAGAGGGGCAGCUAUUGCAGGGCAGCCAGUGUGUGCCUCUGGCAGAUUGUCGCUGUGGUAUCCCAUCGGGCAACGGGACAUUGGAGUUCAUGCCAAAUGAAGAGCUUGUCAUGGACUGCAACACCUGUGUGUGUGUGAACGGCACCGUAGCGUGCACAGAUCUUCCCUGUCCCUCGUAUCAGCCUUGGUCCGCAUGGACGACCUGCUCAGCUUCUUGCGGGCGCGGGCAGCGGACACGGACGCGCCUCUGCCGAGACGCGGAGGGGGGCCCUUCCUGUUCUGACACCAUACAGACGGAAAGCUGUGACUUGCACCCGUGUCCAGUGGGAUGUUUGUUGAGUGAAUGGUCAAGCUGGAGUGAGUGCAGUGCCACGUGCGGCGGUGGAUUGUCGAUCCGUAACAAGACAAUCCUUCAGGAAUCAGAGCCGGGUGGGCCCGCCUGCGCUGGGCCAUUUGAGCAACACACUGUCUGCAACAGCAACAGCUGCAGAACUGAGUGUCCGGAUGGCCAGGUAUUUCGUGAGUGUUCAGGUUCCUGUCCGUACACCUGUGAAGAUCUUUGGCCCCACACUCAGUGUUUAGCAGGACCUUGCAACCCCGGGUGCUCCUGCCCACCUGGACAGGUGUUGUACAGAGGCUUGUGUGUGUCCCACGCCGACUGCCCCUGUUCACUGCUGUCUUUGCCCAUUGCCUACCAAACCUUAAAUAUCAGCACAGAGGAGAAGACUGAAGUCCUGCUGCCACCUGGGACGUCCUUCCGACACCUUUGCAACACAUGUGUGUGUCGAAGAGGAGUGUUCGACUGUACCUCCAAGCUCUGCGACGUGGACUGUGAGUGGUCCAUUUGGUCCCAGUGGGGUCCAUGCUCAGCUAGCUGCGGUACAGGACUACAAAGCUCCACCAGAACUGUGUUGCAGCCAAGCCAGUAUGGCGGGGUCCCAUGUGAGGGCCCUGACCGCCGCACUGCUGUCUGCAAGGCCCCUGAUUGUGCGUGUCCCGCCGGGGAACAAUGGAAGAAGAGGAGGAGUUUGUCGGAAGACUUUCCGCUGUGCGAGAGGAGCUGCGAGGAUAUUUACUUCCCAGCUGCCGUCAAUUGCACCCAGUCCCUGGAGGGUUGUGUGUGUCAGGAGGGGCUUUACCGAAACGACGACGCCGUGUGUGUCAUCCCUGCUCUCUGCCCCUGCCACGACCAGGGCGUCGUGCAGGAGGCAGGAUCAGAGUGGGUGGAGGGGUGCCUGUCAUGCCGCUGUGUGAACGGGAAGAAACUGUGCCAGCCGAGGUGCCCUGAACUCCGCUGUGAUGAGGUGAGCCCGAGCCAGAGUGCCGCCGCUACGUUCAGGUUAAGAACAUCACAAAGGGAAAUUGCCGGCUCGACAACGUGGAGGUCAGCUUCUGCAGGGGGCGCUGUCUCUCCAGGACUGAUGUCAUCUUGGAGGAGCCCUACCUAAGGUCCGUGUGUGAGUGCUGCAGCUACCGUUUGGACCCAGACAACCCCGUCCGCUUCCUCAACUUACAGUGUGACAGCGGCGAGAGUGAGCCGGUCGUCCUGCCCGUCAUACACAGCUGCGAAUGCACCAGCU